GACAAAUUUUAGCAAUUGUUUGUAACUUUGUACUUGAUAAAUCUAUAUUAUGGCGUCAAUAACAAAUCUCACUUACAAACUUCUGAGCGUAAAACAUCUAUGCGCUGUUAGGAAUUUGGUCGAAGAACAUUUCACAUCUACGUACUUAUUGGGAGUAUACUUAAAUUGGACGAAAGAAGAUCUGAUUCCUGCAUAUUAUUCUCGGAUAGAGUCUUUCUUAAGGCAAGGAAAUUCACUCGGGGCAUUCAGUGAUAAAGAUGCUAAAUUACGUGGAGUUGUCAUCAAUGUGGAACACGACGAUAAUGAAAAAAUAAAAUAUGAAAAAGCACUACAUAUCAGUGAAAAGACAGAUACUAUAAAUCGGCUCAUGGUGGCAAUUGGAGUAAAUCAAUUAUCUGACAUUCUUGGAACCAAAAAAUUUUGGGAGAUGAGAAUGGGAACUGUGCAUCCAAGUUACAGAAGGAAAGGACUAUUGCCUGAACUUACAAAAAGAUCUACAGUUCUUGCCAAACAAAGGGGAAUUGAGAAACUUGUAGCAUGUCAAACAUAUAAUAAAGCUCUGGUAGAACCUUCGAAAAUGGACGGAUUUGAAGUAAUUAGACACAUUGAAUUGAAAAACUAUCUUGACCCCGUCACAGGGCAAAAAGUUUUCUCGGGGAUGAAACCACCAAAUGACGUGCAAGUUUUAAUCGCUAAAACUUUGACUUAGUGAGAUCCUGUGCUCUCACAUCAGGGGUCGGCAAACUGUGUCACGCGAGCUAAUUUGUUGCGGCCCUCGAACGACCUGACAUUUAAUACAUACAACAAAAAAUUGAUCCUAAAUUUAUUAUUCUACUACACUAGUCAUUACACGGAUUUAUGUGUUAACAAGUGCAGCUGUACGGCACUUGUUUUGUAAUAAGUAGCAUCAGUUGUAUGUCGCUCGAGAUGAAUUUGAUUUUUAAAAGAAAAGGUAAAAAUGUCUUGGAAACGGAGGGAAGUUUGCGACGAGAGUCGAACAUUUUUUUGGUAAACAUUUUGUAAAAUUCUAAGAGAAUACAUUUGUUCCAUGCGAUGGUAUGGCAUUCCUCCAGUUGUAUUUAAGGUCGUAUACUUCGAUGAAGUUUGAUUCAAAUUGAUCAAUAUGGCUUUUGAAUUUAUUAAGAACCUUAUUUUGUAUUUCCUGUAUAUCCCAUGCAUUUAUGAAACUAUUGUUCCUAUAUCUAGACGAAUUUUUAGGUUUAUUAUCUCCAGUAUUAAAUUGCGAAGAUUUCCAUCACCACUGUAUUGUUAUGGCCCUCGUAUGUAUUUAAAAAAAUAUUUUGUCGUUCAAUGUUUAGCAAGUUUCCGGUUAUGGCUUGUACACUUCGGGUGAUGGAAUUAUGAAUUUUUAUAUACGUAGGACACGAGAGAAAGAUGUGCGGAGUUGUAUCGACGGCUCUUUUACAGAAAUUGCAUGCUGGUGUUUGGAGCUGCGGGGUUCCGAAGUUUCUCAGCAGGCCGUAAAUCCAUUUGCGAUGUCUCAACAAAUAUGCGUCGCGUUUAAUUCUAUACGACACUUCGCGUUCUUGGUUUGUGAAAAGUGACUUUAAACUGGGUUCUAAAUAGUUUAAAUUCAAAUAGUUUUUCUUAACCAAUCAGUAUUAUCUUGAUUGUUUUCAUACAAUCUAUCUUGUAGUUUAUGAUAGAUUGAUCUCAAUGUCAAAUCUUGCCAAUCGUCGGGUUCUAAAUUCAAUAUCUGGUUAAUGUUCAAAAUGUGUUGCCAGUGGGCGUCGAUUUGAAUCGCAGGAGGAAAAGAGUUGCUGUAUAUAGAUUUUUUUAUUGUUUCAAGCCUCGAACCGAGAGUGUAAAAACCCUCGAAAUGCCAGAAUUUGCUUGGUUCUUUAAUAUUGUAGAUGGUUGCUAAUUUCUGGAAUAGGCAUGCAUAUGACUUUAGCUUCAUGUCGACCAUACCGAUUCCGCCCUUCCUUAUGGGUAGGAGCAUUCCAAAGUGCUUGGACGCGAGAACAUUUUUCGUUCUUGCGCAUUCCAAAACCAGUUUGCUCGAUAUGCCCGGUCAGCAUCGCAGGUACUAAUUAAGGGAAUUAAUGUUAAACUCGUUAUGAAACGUGUCAUCAAAAAUUCGUCAUCUGAGCGACAGUGCAAAACGUGUAAUCUGCACGUUCGGAAGCUCAUAAUGCUUUAUCUAAAACGCAUUACACUUAGAAUAAAUUUCGUACUCGCUUGUCAGAUCGUCAUUUGGACGACCGCGGGCAAUGUGACAUAGAAACAUCAUCCUUCACAUUGAUAAUAAGUAAACAAAAACGAUGUAUUGUUUGAUAAGAUAUGAUAAAAGGCCACAUAUACGCCUCAUUCUUGCAGGCUUUUAACACAGCAAUAGAAGGUGCGAAUGCGCUAUUAUUUGAAGUUUAAUGUAGUGAUUGUUCGAAGGCGGAAAUAUUGCGGCCCGCGCGCUACCGGAAAUGUGUAUAUUUGGCCCGCAAAUACAUAAAGUUUGCUGACCACUGCUGUACAAGGAGAACGGCAUAACUACGCUAACUCGUGAUUUUGCCCAGUCCGCGUGUGACUUAAAUAAUGCAUUAGAAAAUAUAGCCUACGUAUUUUUCUCAUUCCCGCCUCAAAAGUGAACAUUGUGUUUUUAAUUAUGCUUACUGCAUUUCGAUAAUUAAAAAAAAAACAGUUACGUUGAAUUAUCUUUAUGUUUUAGAAUAAACCCAAUGCCCCGUCCAUGGUCAAAUAUUUUUGAAAACAUUUUUAUUAAUAUGAAAAUUGAAUUGAAUAUUUACAAGAAUUUGUUACUAUAUAGCCUACUGACAGUGAGAAAAGAUUAAUUUCUUUAUCUUCCAGAUGCUGUGAAGUUUGCUAAUAGUUUUCAAUUUCAGCAUUCAUACAGGUUAAAUAUUAUACAAUAUUUUACAAUAUUUAACUCCUUUCUAAUCUAGAAGUUUCCGCUUACCAAGUAUUACUUAUAUAUUUAAUGAUAUUAAAAAACAUCACAAAAAUUGGUGAUAUUUUUAAAAUUUGUAGUUCUAUGUUGCAGUUAGUAUAUUAAAUAAAUUACGCAGCUUCUGAUUGCUCGUCGAUGGUUUUCAUAGUCUUCACUGUCGUGACAUUGAGUUAUUAUUGGACUUGGAAUAGAAAUAUGGGUCGAUUUUCUAAAUUGUUGGUAUUUUUGUAAGAAAAAAGCUCCUGACUGUAAGCAAAUGACCAAGCAAGUUUCUAUUUUUCGUACGCCAAGAUGGUUAUUACUUUUAUUUGUUUAAAUUUUCUUAUGUGGGUCUUUGGGACACGAUAUUUCACCCCUAAUGGGACACAGGGAAUUGGAAGGGGCGGAGAGAAUUUGGAGGGAAACCACAAUACUAAGCGCAAAAUCGUUCUUAAUGCGAAUUCGUUUGCAUACUUUUCCAAUUAUAAGAAAAUUGUUUUUCUUAGUUUCACUAUAACUAAAGGACUAUUUCCAGUCACAUGGUGUUUUCACUUGUGUAUAAAUUAUUUGAUCAUAAUGUGAUUUCUACCUACUAAAAUACCACUACAAGUAGGCUAUCUCUGUGCUCUGCGAAAACUAACUUUUGUAGUAGGUUGACAGGCCGUCUAACGUUCAGAAAAGGGUUGAUCUAUUAUACUUUCGGCAGUUUCACGAGACUGCGAGUCGUCGUAAAAAUGUUAUAGACACAGAAAAAUAAAUUUUCAAAUAUUCCCAGGAGAAGCCAAUUGGAUGACAGUUACGUUGUCUUCAGUUUUACCAAAUUAAAUCAAAAUGGACUAGAUUUCGAAUGCGCAGAAUGUGUACCUUGCUCGUAUUUUUGGAUUGAUGAACAGUGGGGAGCCACGAGUGCUAAAAGCCUCCGAAAGGGUGCCACGGACCAUGAAAGGUUUGAGAACCACUGAUCUGGAGUUCGUAAGGUUUUAUCGUACCGGGUAAACAUGUAAUUGAUAAUUGCUCUCUUGUUUUAUUGUCAUAUACUCAUAUGACAUUUUAUUAAAUUUUGCCGAGAAUUCAUUGAUUCAUAAUUUAUUCAAACCUGUAUUCUUGAUUGCAAGAUCUGGAUUGUGUAUCAUAGGCUUAAGCAUUUGUUAAAUCGUUCGAUUGAACUUUUCCACUUGUCCAUCAGAACGAGGGUAAUAUGGUGGGGUAAUUUCGAAGUUUUAGAAACAAUUAGAGUAAUA